GAUUUUAAUAAAUAUGUAUUUUAUUUUGAGCGGAAGUACAUUUUUCCUGAGCGGAAGUUGGUACGCAUAAUUAACGUUCCCACCGGAACAAGGAAACAGCAGACGGGGGAAAACAGAUGCGGCGCUUCUGCAAGUGGAUUUGACCGUCUCUCAGAUUUCCAGGAGAACAACAUCAUGGGUCUGCUGUCGGACCCCAACAGAAGGCAGGCUCUGAUCAACCUGCUGACCCGCCUCAACGCUCCAAUCUGUUUUGUCUGCUACUUUGCGGGUGUGGCUUGGUUCAUGGGGCUGGCGUUCGAGCCGUUCACCCUGCGGACCUACAUGUCCGAGAACGCCAUGGGGUCCACCAUGGUGGAGGAGCGCUUCCCUGCAGGCGAGAGGGCGCUGGCCACAGGAAGAGAGUUUGCUGCUCACAAGAAGAAAGUCGGUGGGAUGCCGGUGGACUGGCUGGUGAAGACCAUGCAGGCUCGAGGGCUGGAGGUUUUCACGCAGAGCUUCUCUCGGACGCUGCCGUUUCCUGAUGAAAACACUGAGCGAUACGUUGUAAAAGGUACAAAUGUUUAUGGGAUUCUCCGAGCACCGCGAGCUCCUCGGACUGAAGCGCUGGUGCUCAGUGCUCCCUGCACUCCAGGGGACAACAACAACCAGGCUGUGGGUCUGCUGCUCGGCUUGGCUCAUUACUUCCGGAAUCAGGUUUACUGGGCCAAAGAUAUUAUCUUUCUCGUGAAUGAGCACGAUCUGAUUGGGAUGCAGGCCUGGCUGGAGGGCUACCACCACACCAACGUCACAGGCAUGGACUGGUCCCCCCUCCAGGGGCGCGGCGGUUCCAUCCAGGCCGCCCUCUCCUUGGAGCUCAGCAGUGACGUGAUCACCAGCUUGGACAUCGUCCUGGAGGGUCUCAACGGGCAGCUCCCUAACCUGGAUUUAGCCAACCUCUUCUACGCUUUCUGUCAGAAGAUCGGAGUGCUUUGCACGAUCCAAGGGAAGCUGCAGAGGAACGACUGGGACAGCGUGUCGGGAUACAACCACGCGGUGCAGACCAUGAUGCUGAUGGUGAUGAAGCAGGCCAGCGGGCGGCCCUGGGGCGACCACGGCCUGUUUCUGCGCUACCACAUUGAAGCCGCCACCAUUAAGGGCGUCAACAGCUUCCGCCACUACAAAACCGACGCCACCACCAUCGGCAGGUUGCUGGAAGGAAUGUACCGCAAACUGAACAACCUCCUGGAGCGGCUGCACCAGUCCUACUUCUUCUACCUGCUGCCGUCUCUGUCUCACUUCGUCUCCAUCGGAUACUACAUGCCGGCCUUCGGCCUGCUCGUCGUCAUCCUGCUGCUCCGAGCUUUAGAUCUGUGGGUUCAGCUGACAGCUCAGCCGUCCAGAACCGAGGAUGGGACGUCUGCUGCUGAACAGUCCAGUCCAGGAGUUCUGUCGGUCCUGACUCCUCUGGUCAUCAGCCACCUCACGGGGGCGGCGCUCUACAUGCUGCCCGUCCGGUUCCAGGAAGUCGCCGUCGAGCAUUUCCCCGUCUCUGAGACGGAGGCGGUCGUCCUGACGGCGAUCGCCGUCUACACCGCGGGACUGGCGUUGCCUCAUAACACACACAGACUGCUGUCAGGCGAAGGAACAGAGACGGGAUGGAGAGUUCUCAAACUGGUGGCGUUGCUGUACCUGGCGGUGCUGCUGGGCUGCACCGCUCUCAUCAACUUCUCCCUCGGCUUCAUCCUGGCGCUCUCUUUGGUGCCUGCAGCCGCUUUCGUCACUCCCCACCUACCCAAAGCUCUGUCAGCUUUCUUCUUGGUCGCCCUCAGCCCCGCCUGCACGCUCCUCUUCUCCGUCUUUUUCUUCCAAGAGCUGCAGGAGAUGCCGGUCAGCUUCCAGGACGGCUGGCUGCUGUACCUGUCAGUCAUAGCGCAGGGAAUGCUGGACCACUAUCUGUACGGAUCGCUGGUGUUCCCGCUCGUCGCCUUGUUGGUGUAUCCAUGCUGGCUGCUUUUCUGGAACAUCCUCUUCUGGAAGUAGGAAAACUUUCAGAAUAAAAGCCUCUUCGGAGGGGAACCUGAGGUUUCUCUGCACUAAAAGCAACGUGAGGAACUAGUAUUGAAUCCACUGGAUCCAAGAAGAACUGAUGUGCAAAGAUUUAGUCAUUUUUGAGUUGAUUUUGAAAACUACAAAUGUUCAUUUUCUGCUAUUUUGGGUUUUUCUGAGGCCUUUGGGAUUUUUAACACGGAGUUGUAAGAUUGUGAUGCAAUAUGAAUGUUUUUUUUGUGACUGUAAUGUUUGGUGUUUUGAAAGCUGUUUGCCUCCAUUAACUUCAGCACACCGACUAUUUUUAUACUUUGAUGAAUUUCUUUUAAAACCUGUUUUGUUAUAUUUAUUACUGCUGCAUGAAUAAAAGACUAAAAGUUA